AGCACUGAUUUCUUUUUGUAACUGUUAUAUACUGUAAAGCCCAAACCGCUCAAUCUCCAGCUGUCGUAGAGUUUAUUUUGGGCUGAGACGUGCAUUUAUUUAAAAGAAAAAAGAUACAGAAGAAAGAUCUUUUUGGCAGUGGAUGUGGAGGUGUGAGGUGGUUUUAUAUGAAGGGGGAAAAAGUUGCCACUCCUCUCGGCUCCUCCUGAGCCACAGUGCUUAGGAUCCUCUCCCCUCCUUCUACUGGGGAGUAGAAGAGAAGAAACGGAGCAGAAAAUACAAACCUGUCCCAGCAUCCUUUUGGCAGGCAGCAGAAAACUUUGACUACAAAUUUAAAAGUGUGUUUGUUGUUGGAUGUUAAAACUUUGUUAACGCCACAUACAUCAUCUUCUUCAUCAUCAUCAUCAGUCCCCAUUUAAAGCUGCUGCCGUCUUCUGUAAAGCUGCCUCACAAUGUAUCUGGAGAACACGAGCAACCGGGACAUAGAAAUGUCCCAGACGUCAGCCCAAAGCCACCAGGGCAGAAGUAGUCUGAGGUCACCUGAAGCUGUUGCUGGAAACUUUGGGGAGUUGCGUCUGCUGGAAGGAAUUUCUGGGAGAAGGGACACCCACAAAGUACAGCAGUCUGCAGUUCGGUCAUCGGGACAGUGUGUCAUCCAUACUGAGGGAUUUGUCCCUGUUCGACAAGAGGAUGGGCACAAUUUCAGCAUGGUUAAUAUUCUCCAAGGGAAAAGAAACUCAACCAACAUCACAGAAAGGUCUCCUCUGCUGAGAAUCUCUCAGGAUGAAGGUAUAACCUACAUGAGCCUACAUGACCCCACCUUUGUGGGAGGGGAUGAGCCAUGGGACAACAGCUUCCUGGACUUGGAGCCGAGGUUUCGGCUGGGCAGUGAGGUGACCAGCCUGUCCCUGUCCCAGUCUGGAGCCUCAGACAAGAGUGACCCUGGAGACACCCGCAAUCAUAGUAUCAGGCUCUUUAGCAGCAUGAGAUGCUGCUUCAGAGUCUCCACAAUCUGCGUUAUAUUUACUGUUGUUGUCCUCUGCAGUUUGUUUUUCAGCAUGUACCCAGAUCGAGACAACCCCUGGAGGAUGCUGGCGGUCUCAUCAACAGAGGGUUUCUCGAUGAACAUGACAGACUUUCGGGACAAUGCUUUGCUGAAGCUUCAGGUGGCAGGACCGUUCACAGGAAGGAUGGUUGACCUCAACACCAAAGAAUACAUCCUGAUCCAGGUGGAGCAGGCUGAGCAGGCGGGACAGCGCAGGAGGAGGACUCAGCAGGUGACUCAUAACUGGACCAUUCCACUGAAUGGCGAACAAAGUGAUCAGAUGCUGUUAACAAAAACAUUUGAGAUGCUCGGCAGCAGUCCCAUCGUCAUCAACAUUCAGGCCUUCCUGCAGGAUAAUGAGGUUGUACCAUUAUCCAUGACCCAUCAGAUGCUCUACGUUAAUGUGGAGACGCAGGUGGCCAUAGCUGGAAUCAUCCUGGCUGGUGUCUAUGUACUCAUCAUCUUUGAGAUUGUGCACAGAACCCUGGUUGCCAUGUUGGGAUCGUUGGCAGCUUUAGCUGCUUUGGCCAUCAUCGGUGACCGUCCCAGUCUGGUGACUGUAGUUGAGUGGAUCGACUAUGAGACUCUGGCCCUUCUGUUUGGCAUGAUGGUGCUGGUGGCUAUUUUUUCAGAGACUGGCUUCUUUGACUAUUUUGCUGUAAAGGCUUACCAGCUGUCCAGAGGAAGAGUGUGGCCGAUGAUCAUCAUCCUCUGUCUCAUUGCUGCAAUUCUGUCUGCAUUUCUGGAUAAUGUGACCACGAUGAUGCUUUUCACGCCUGUCACAAUUAGGCUGUGUGAGGUGCUUAAUCUAGACCCUAGACAUGUCCUGAUUGCAGAAGUAAUCUUCACCAACAUUGGAGGGGCCGCCACAGCUGUCGGGGAUCCGCCCAACGUGAUUAUAGUGUCCAAUCAGGGUCUACGCAGAAAAGGGAUUGAUUUUGCCACUUUCACAGGCUACAUGUUCCUCGGAAUAUGUCUUGUUCUUCUGACCUCAUUUCCGUUCCUAAGGAUGCUCUACUGGAACAAAAAACUUUACAACAAAGAGUCCAUUGAAAUAGUAGAACUGAAGCAUGAGAUUCUGGUUUGGAGACAGACAGCUCAGCGCAUUAACCCUGCCAGCCGAGAGGAGACAGCGGUGAAAUGUCUUUUGAUGCAGAAAGUCCUCAACCUCGAAAGUCUUCUCCACACCAUGAUGAAAAGCUUCCAGAAGCAGAUUUCUCAAGAAGAUAAGAACUGGGAGCAAAACAUUCAAGAACUGCAAAAGAAGCACAGGAUAACUGACAAGGUUCUCAUGGUAAAGUGUGUGUCCGUUCUCAGCGUGGUGAUCUUCAUGUUCUUUCUCAACUCCUUCGUUCCCAGCAUUCAUCUUGAGCUCGGUUGGAUUGCUAUUCUGGGGGCUCUGUGGCUUCUGGUUCUGGCAGACAUCCAGGACUUUGAGAUCAUCUUGCAUCGGGUGGAGUGGGCAACGUUGCUGUUCUUUGCUGGCCUUUUCGUUUUGAUUAAGGCUUUAGCCCAGCUGCAGCUUAUCGACUAUAUUGGAGAACAGACAGCUCUGCUUAUAAAGGCAGUGCCAGAAGAUCAACGCUUGGCUUUAGCCAUCAUACUGGUGAUAUGGAUCUCUGCUCUGGCGUCUUCUCUUAUUGAUAACAUCCCCUUCACUGCCACUAUGAUUCCAGUGCUCAUCAACCUCAGUCAGGAUGCAGAUGUAAACCUACCUGUGAAACCGCUCAUCUUCGCCUUGGCCAUGGGGGCAUGUCUUGGAGGGAAUGGCACUUUGAUUGGAGCAUCAGCCAAUGUUGUGUGUGCAGGACUUGCCGAACAGCACGGUUAUGGAUUCUCCUUCAUGGAAUUUUUCAGACUUGGAUUCCCGAUGAUGAUCAUGACGUGCACGAUAGCCAUGUGUUACCUUUUGGCCACUCAUGUUGGACUGGGAUGGAACAUGUAAUCCACAAGCACUGGAUACAGCCAAAGAGACGUGUGUGUGUGUGUGUGUUGGACCAUUUCUUACAGCUAACUGUAUAAGGUUUGAAGCUGUGCAGCACACCAGCCAUGUUCUUCAGAACAUUGAAGGUGUCUCCAGAGCAGCUGGGGCAGAACAAAAGAUGCUUUGAAUCAGACAUCCACUAUUCCAGUGAACUGAGCCACAUGUUUUAAUUCAUAGUCCAUGUUAACAUGUGUCAGCUUUUUCAGACUUGAACAUUUUAUCCUCUGCACAGAGCAAAGGGCAGAGGAAGAAAAUAAGCAGCAAACGGUCCUUAAUGCUCUGCAAGGUGCUACUCUGUCAAUGAAAGUAGAACUCACCAAGUAAUUUACAUGAAUUCAAAAAGAAAAACAGGGACUCGUUUCUUUAUAGAUUUAUGACAUCAAUAUGCUUUUAGAUGCAUUUAAAUACUGAUUUGUUCUUUUAAAACAUUUCACCCAUGAUUUCUGAAAGUUAUGUAUUUUGCAGGAAUGAGAACACCUAGUCAAUGGGAUUUUAUAGUAAAUGUCUCAUUUUUCUUACAUUCCCUCUAAGUUUGAAAGACAAAAAAACUAUCAGUAAAAAUGCUGCAAAACACUGUGAUAAAUUCAGACAAAUGUAGAUAUAAAGGCCAUAAAGCGUUGUCCAUGCAGUGACGUAUGGGUGAGUUCAGUUACACAGACUAGAUUUAACCUUAAUCAUGUCAUCUUAUAUUGUUCACUGUAUUUAUUGUACAACCCAAAAAUGUGACAGAUAUGGCCAAUGUUUGAAACGUCCCAAACAAACCAUAAUAAUAAAAAGCUGUCAUAUGCUGUG